AUAAAAACAAUUAUUUAUUAUGUAAAUUAAGUUAUUUUGAAAAACUUUAAAAUGCUUUAUUUAUAGUUAAGAAUAACUGCCCAGUUUUUACUUGGAUGUGAACUGGUUUGUAUGUUUCUCGAAUUAUAUUAGGAAAUAUAUGAAUUAAAGAGCAAAUGAUAGACUAAAAAAUUUUGAAACAUUAGAUGUUGUAUUAAAAUGUUUAAUUUUCGUUUUAAUUACAAAAACGAAAUGAAAUUGGAUGAAAAGAAUAAUGUAAUAAUAACCAUUUUGGUGAUAUGCGUAGUUGGCUCUGUAGAAUCUAUAUGCCCGGAAAUUUGCCAAUGCAAAAAAUUAAGUGAAACUGGUGAAAGCUUGAAAGUAAAAUGUGGAGGAACACCGCUUAAGAAGAUUAAUAGUUUUAAGGAAAUAAAUUUUGGACUUGAUGCUGGAAAUGUUGUGCAACUGGAUUUAAGCAAAAAUCUUAUUUCAUAUAUUGAUAAGAACGAUUUUGCUAAUUAUACAGCUUUGAAACGACUAGAUUUAACAUCAAACCAAUUAAAGCAAAUUGAUGAAAGUGUAUUUGGCGAAAUUCCAGCUUUGGAAAGAUUAAAAUUAUCUUCAAAUUUAAUAGAACAUAUAUUGCAAGGAUCUUUUGAGAAACUAAAGGGAUUAAAGCAGAUUGAUAUAUCUGGAAAUCCUCUGGCGUGUGAUUGUGAUUUAUUGUGGUUAGUUUCAUGGACUAAUAUAUAUCAAGUGAAACUGCAACCACCCCCAAAAUGUGAAACUCCAUCCCCUUUCAAAGGAAUACAGCUGAAAAAACUUCAAGUUGGAUCGGAUUUGCAUUGCGAAUCUCCUCUUCAACCGCUUUUAGAAUUGAAACCCGAUACUGACCAACUUGUCUUUGAAGGUGACGAGCUAAUUUUAAGAUGUAGAGCGCCACGUGUAGCUGUUGGUGCAGCAAAAGAUUCUGAAGACUUGCCGGCACGUUCGCACGUAUUUUGGGGUUGGUCUGAAAGAAUUGUAGAUCCUAAUUCAACCGAAGAUAUUCAUUAUUUAGAUCCAAGCAUACAAUUUCAAUCAAUUAAAAUUGAAGCCAAACAUUUAUCUGAUUCAGGGCUUUUGGAUUCUAUUUUAAGAAUUCCAAAUGUAACACGAAUUCACUCUGGAAUGUGGGAUUGCCGUUUGCGAAGUCAACAAGCUAAUUUGUCAAGAUCUAUUUCUGUAAUUGUGAUAUCAAAUACUACAAAGUAUUGUCCAGCUCAUGUAAUCAAGAAUAACAAAGGGAAGUAUUUUUGGCCAAGAACUAUAAGAGGUAAAACUGUUCGCGUUCCAUGUGUUGGUGAAACACCCCUUGAAGCUUUUGCUUCUUUUCAAUGUAAUGAAAAUGGUGAAUGGAAUAAUUUAAAUACAGAAUCCUGCCCAUUCAUCAGCGAAAUAACAAGAAUUUUUCAGCAAUUUUCUCAAUUUGAUUUAGCAGGAUCUAAAGAUCGUGCAUUGGAAAGUGCUACCCGGUUAAGAAACUAUACACAAUCGGAUGAUAACCUUAAAAAAAUAAGAGAUCCAAUGGAUUUAGUUUUCAUUACAAAAACCUUAAAGAAUUAUUUGCAUUUUGUGAGUCUCAAAAAGGAUUUAGGCACAAUGCUAUUAGAUAUAGUUUCACAAAUCAUCACUUUGCCCCGAGUUUUAGCACAACAAGCACACUCUAUCGAAAAAUCAGGACAAAGUUUGGUAUACGCUGUAGAACAAGUUGCUCAACAUACACCUUCAUCUUUAACUCAUAAACCACAUUUAGCCAUAGAAUAUUUUAAUAUUAGUCCACAUUCAUUUAAUGGAUUGAUAUGCACAUGGAUGAAGACUGAAAAUUUAAAUUCAAGAGAUAACUCAAAACCGAAUCCAAGGGUGUUUCAAUGUAAUACAGCAGGUCAAACUAUAGAUAUUUUUCGGCAGCAUGUUGAUGCAUCCGUACAAAUUCCGAUGGGUUUGCUGAGUUCUUAUAAACAAAAGUUUCUCUUCUCUUCUCAAAAAUUAAUGGUUGCUGUAUAUGAAAAUAGUAAUUUAUUACCAUAUCAUAAAAAUAACACAAGUUAUCAAGUGACAUCUUGUGUAAUUGGGGUAAAAAUUUUAUCAGAUUCAAUAGACUUUUCUGGUAAUUUAAGCGAACCAAUAUCUGUCAUGUUACGUGUUAGACCAUAUCAUAACGAUGUAAGUGGGCCAGUUCCGGUUUGGUGGGAUCCAGUUACGUUAUCUUGGACAAUGCAUGGAUGUCAAACUUCAUAUUAUUUUCAUGGACUAUUAGUAUUUUCUUGUUAUAGAUUAGGCUAUUACGGUUUGUUGCAAAAUAACAAGUAUUUAAAUGACUUUCCAGAUGAAAAUGCAGGUGCCAAAUUUAGAAUCUCCCCAUUAGGAUUUUAUAUAGGAAGUAUAAUUUUAUUUAUUUGUUGCUGGAUAAAUAUUGUGACGUAUUUGUCAAGUGGUAGCACAAUUUUAAUGGCGAGACGUCAACGUCAUGCUUUAGUUAAUACGUGGCUUGCUGUUUCAUUAUUAGUUACAGUAUUUGCUUUAGGAAUCUAUCAAACUGAAGAUUAUCGAUAUUGUCAAUUAUUUGGAAUUAGCAUACAUUACUUUAGUCUAUGCGUGUUACUUUGGGUUUGUGUUAGUGUUAGUAACAUGUAUAAACGUUUGUCAAAACGAAAUCGCGUGCCUGUUGAUGAUAUACCUAAGGAAAACGUGGGAAGGAAACCAAUUUUGGGAAUAUAUCUAGUAGGAUGGGGUAUCGGACUGAUUAUAUGCGGAAUUUCGGGGGCUGUAAAUAUGAGAGAAUAUUCUUCUUAUGCUUAUUGUUUCUUUGGUAAUGGUCCUUCGUUAAGCGCAAUAUUUGUGCCAUCAAUAAUUCUGUUAGUAUUCUUAUCGAUUUUAUUUAUAUGUGUGCGAUGCCAUAUUCGCAUAGUUGCUGAUAAUCAAAAUCAUUUUUCCGAAGGAACUCAAGCUACAGAAAAUGUUGAUAUUGAACUUUUAGAAUCAAAUCAAAAUGGAAUGGUUUUGAAUCAAUCAAAUUAUAAUAGAUCGAUAACGCUAAGUUCUCCAGCAACCAGUAUACAAGAUGAUUCCGAACACACGAAUAUAGUUCAAUUAAGAGCCCACUUCAUCUUUGUGCUUAUCUAUUGUAUUUGUUGGUUAUCUGCAGCAGCAAGUGUUGUGACGCCUUUUGAGGAUCGUGGGAUGUUGUAUGAGGAAGAGGUGUUUAGCAUUCUAUAUGCCAUAUUAACAUCACUAUUGGGUUUAUUUAUUUUAUUUUUUUAUUGUGUUUCACGAAGUGACGUGAGAUGUCAGUGGUCACAAUGGUCUUUUAAAAAUUUUUGUCGUCGAAAUCAGGGAGGAAAGAGAAAUGGAUGCUGUAGAAGAACAAGAAGUAUUAGCGAUACAAAAGAGUUAAGCGCUGUUGUAUAUCAUCAUGCACCCUGUAAUGCGACCGUAAAUUCGAUUUCUGGAUCUAGGUCUAACAGUCAAUGUUCAAAAACACGUCCAAACUCCGCAUCUGGAAAUCAUUUGAAAACAAUAUCGGAUUUAAAUACAGCAGCCCCUGUAACUAGAACAGAAAGUCCCAAUAAAAUUUUGAUGAACACCUCAACUGGCGUAACAGUUAUGCAGAGAGCCGGAAACAAUGUUGGUGGAAAUGCAGCACAAUAUGUUCAUAAUCCAAUUAUAAUGACGCAAGAGAUACCAAAUCCGGAAAUAUUUUAUAAUCCAAACCAAAUAAACGUUGCAAGAAAAUUUUUUAAAAAACAAAAACGUAUUGCGAAACGAAAUAACUUUGAACUACAAAGACAAAUGGAUAGAGGUGGUUUAGGUGGAGCGAGUGACUUUUGUGAUGCUGCAAGUGAUAUAUCAUCCACAAUUGGUUUUAGUCCUGCAAGUGCCGUAACAUACCCAAGAGAAUCUCAUCAUGGUCCGCAACGACAAUCUCAACCAUCAGGUGUUACUCCUAAUAUUUGUGGUGCUAUGUCUAUAUUCAGUACAGGUAGUAAAGUUAACAAUACUAAUAUUCAUGUUCGACAAGAUAUUCCGGGCGGAAGUGGUUUCACGAAAGAAUCUCGACAGCAGAGUAAUAAUCCUAAUAUUCUUUCUGACAGCUGUAAUGAAAGCGACAUGAUUUGUGAAGCUGAACGCCUUGUCCUAGGAGCUGAAGGAUUAAGAGUUUUGGCUGCCACAAGAAAUAAAGUAAAUAAUACAGAAAUGGUAGCAAAUAUUUAUACUAAUGUUCCAGAAACUUUACAACCGCAACACGAAAUUGUAACCAUGAAAUCAGAUGAGAAAUUUAAACGGAGGUCUCAUAACAUAGAUUGCUUAAUGGAAGAAGAUGAAUCAGUUCAAGAAAAUUUGGAAGUUCAAAUACAUAAUGAUUUAAAUACUCAAGGAAAUAAUAACUCCGAACGAAUUGGUGUUCCCUUAUAUGUAAAUGGUAAUAUUCGGAAUAUUGUAGAAAAUAGUCAAGUAGAUAUCCCAACGGAAAGUAGUAUGUUACCUGAAAAUAAAAAAGAAAUAUCGAACACUCUGAAGAAAAAUUCAGAUAUUUUAAUAUCGCCAAAGGACAAAGUUCAACCGGCAUUCUUAGAACUUCAGACUUCAAUUAAUAAUAGCAUAAGUAACGGCAGUGAUAGCAAUAAUUCAAACGUAAAUGAGCAUUUAAUUUUAUCUUUAAAUAGUCCAAUUCUUGCUAUGAAUACACUAGGUUUACCUAGUAUUAAAACAGAUGCGAAUAGCAGCAUUUGUACAAUAAAAAGUAAUAAUUUGUGUGAUCAGUUGGCCUCAAGUUGCGGUAGUAGUAAUGCACUUAACGCAAGCAUUGAAGAUAAUAAAUUGGAUUUAUCAAAGAAUGAUGCGUAUAUAUCUCCAGCAUUAGAAAUUCGGGAUAAGGUUGCUAUUUAUCAUCCUGAUUCGGAAGAAAUUUAUAUAUCAAAUUGCCAACAAUCAAAGAAAUCUAAAUCAAUGUUAGAACUAGAUUUAAAUAAUGAUAAUUAUGAUAAUAGUUUAACGUGUAGUGGUAGUUCUAAUAAAUUUAAAAAAUAUGAUAAUUUUCAUGAAACUCAGAUACGUUCUAUAUCUUGUACAAAUUUAUCUCAGUUAGGUGCUGAUGAAAUAUUAUGCGCCAUAACACAACCUCAUUUACCACCAAAAAAACUAAAUAAUUCAAAUGAAUCACCAACUAUCAAUCGAAGAGAACAGUCCUUCAAUAAAUUACAUCAAAAGCAAAAAAUAGACCAACAAUUAGAUCGUGGUAGCCCAAUACUGUUUUCACCUAGCUUAUGUGAUAUAGAUGAUCUUCCAUCUCCAGCAGAUCGCCGCAAACCAAUAGUUUUAGCUGAAGAUUCAAUAAUACCAGUUCCAGAUGAUGAUAUAUCAACAAGUAGUUUAAAUAAUAGCCAAAGUGCAACAAGUACUGGUAAUACAAAUAAUAAUUCUGAUUCUUUAAAUUUAUUUUCACAGUCACUGCGGCGAAAUUUUACAUCAAGUCCUACAUGUGAAAGCGAUUUAAAUUACCAAAAUUCCGAAUUAAGUAUACGAAGUCAUGGUUUAUAUGCUCCACAGGCAGAUAAUGACCUUAAUUUAACAUUAACUGGUGAUGAACAUUGUUUUUAUCCUUAUCAAUCCUCAGAAAUAAGUGAUGUGGAGGAUGAUCCUGAUUUUGAUGAUUUUAAUAAUUGUUCAAAUGAUUGUUUAUUACCCCAGGAUCAUGAAGAAAUAAUAGAUGGAAGUCAAACAUCUUUAGAUGAACUAUAUCAAAGGAUAACAAGAAGAAAAGAACGUAAUAAUCGAGAAAAUACAACAAAUAAUUGUGGUAUGAAAGAAGAUAUAGAAUGUAAUUUAAUUGCAGAAUCAAAUUCUGUAAUAACGGAUACCACAUACGGUGAAACGGAAGCCAUUAUAGGUGGUAAAAUAACAAAUAAUGAUCAUGAUAAUGAAUUUUCUCAUCAGCAACCUUUUCAAAUACAACAAAGAGAUUUUAUUAGUAAAAAGGCUGACAUUACAAAUGUUGUUGGUGCGGCUAUUAUAGGUAUAGUAAAUGAUGGUAGUAGUGGUGGUAAUAGUGGAAAUUUUGAACAUGAAGAUGAUAGCAGUCAAGGAAGUAUAAUAUCUUAUAUUGACCCAAAUGGUGAUGGGCAAAGGAACUGAAUUUAUAAUAUUGUAUACCAUUCCGCCCUUUUCAACACGUACAUACAUACAUAUGAAAAAAAAAAUUGUCCUUUAUUAUUAAUUUAUUAUAUUGAAUUUGUCUUAUUUUUAUUAUCUAUUCUAUUUAUGGCAAUAAUUCAAAUCAUAUUUAAUUAUGAUUUUCUCAGAAAUUAAAUAGAAUUUUUAUUUGCUCUUCAAUAUUUUGUUGAACCACACAAUUUGUUUUUUUAAUUUAACUUUUCUUUAACUAGUAAUAUCAAUACAAGAAUUGAAUUUAAUUAUCACAUUGUAUCAAAUGGCCUGACUUAAUAUUCCCAUUAUGUGGAGUCAUAAUAAUUUUAU